AUGGUCAACAACGACAUCACCAGCGCCGCCGCCGCCGUGGCGGGAUCGAGCAACGGCGCCCGCUCCGACGACUUCCGCGUCAAGUCGGGGCUGGCGCAGAUGCUCAAGGGUGGCGUCAUCAUGGACGUGACGGAUGCCGCCCAGGCCCGCAUCGCCGAGGAGGCCGGCGCCUGUGCCGUCAUGGCCUUGGAGAGAGUGCCCGCCGACAUCCGGGCCGAGGGGGGCGUGGCCCGCAUGUCGGAUCCGGGAAAGAUCAAGGAGAUCCAGGAGGCCGUCACCAUCCCCGUGAUGGCCAAGGCACGUAUCGGCCACUUUGUCGAGUGCCAGAUCCUUGAGGCCCUCGGCGUCGACUACAUUGACGAGAGCGAGGUCCUGACCCCGGCGGAUGAUCUGUACCACGUGGAGAAGUCGGGUUUCAAGGUCCCCUUUGUAUGUGGCUGCCGGGGUCUGCCGGAAGCCCUGAGGCGCAUUGCCGAGGGCGCCGCCAUGAUCAGGACCAAGGGCGAGGCCGGCACCGGCGACGUUGUCGAGGCUGUCAAGCACAUGCGCCAGCUCAACAAGGACAUCUCCCGCGCCAAGGCCGCUCUGCAGGAAAGCGGCGAACUGGGCAUCCGCGCCCUCGCCAGAGAGUUCGAGGUGGACCCCACGCUCCUGAAGCAGACGGCAGAGCUGGGAAGACUACCAGUCGUCAACUUUGCGGCCGGUGGAGUCGCCACACCUGCAGAUGCCGCCCUGAUGAUGCAGCUUGGCUGUGAUGGAGUAUUCGUCGGAAGUGGUAUCUUCAAGUCGGGAGACGCAGCCAAGAGAGCCAAGGCUAUUGUGCGGGCUACGACGCAUUUCAAGGACCCCAAGGUGCUCGCCGAGUGCAGCGAGGGGCUGGGCGAGGCCAUGGUUGGUAUUUCGGUGAGCAGCAUGCGUCCUGACCAGAAACUCGCCGGCCGUGGUUGGUAG